CCUAUCAGGCUGCUGCAGUGCCCCAAAUUACCGCAAGUAAUGUAAGUCAAACAGUUAAACCCGUGCCUGUACCAACUGCUCCUGCCCCUGCCCAGGAAGCCAAACCUCAACCCAAGAAAAUGAUGAUGAUGAAGAGAGCAGCCGAUAAUGCAGCAGCGGCAGAGGCCCUUCCUUCCAAACGGGAGAAACGCGCACCGGCACCACCGGCCAAUAAGCAAGCGGACGCCCAUUUGUCGGCGAAUGCGUGGCCGCCGUCGUUGCAACAAUAUGUCGAGGACGCAUAUAAUAACUGCGAUAAAGACAAGUUUGAUCAGGUAGAGGUUGAACUACGUGACCUCAUUAUCGAAAAGCAUAGGGCAGGCGAGUUAAUGACCACCAAUUGGAGCGAAAUGGAUUUGCCAAGCGCAUGUAAAAAGAGACCAUCGAAAAAAGUUAAGAAAGACCGUACACCCACUUUUUCGCCAGCGCCUACACUGGAAGAGCAAGAAAAACGUAUGAAUCGAUUGAAACGGUUCCAGAAUCAAGCACUUCCUCGAAGAGAGCCGACACCUGUAAGCUCGCCUUUCCCAAGCGGUGCUCAUGUGCUGCAGGAUGUUACCAACUGGGACAAGCAUACCAUCGUUGGCACAUGCACCGACUUGGAAAAACAUUAUCUGAGGUUAACGUCGGCGCCGGAUCCGUCGACAGUACGUCCUCUUCCCAUUCUAAAACAGACGCUCUCACUCUUGCAAACAAAAUGGUCAAGCGAACAAAACUACACUUACAUCUGUGAUCAAUUUAAAUCUCUAAGACAGGAUCUAACCGUUCAACGGAUAAGGAACGAAUUCACGGUCAAAGUAUACGAAAUUCAUGCUCGGAUUGCCUUGGAAAAGGGCGAUCUUGGUGAGUAUAACCAAUGUCAGACACAACUUAAACAGCUUUACAAGCUUAACAUCCCGGGGAACGUCGAUGAAUUUACGGCGUAUCGCAUCCUUUACUUUUUGCAUACACAAAACUGGGCAGAUAUCAAUUCCAUCAUGGCUGAAUUAUCGCCCGAGCAGAAGCAAGCUGAAUCCGUCAAGCAUGCCCUCAAGGUGCGACGAGCACUGGCGACGUCGAAUUUUCAUCAGUUUUUCCUUCUCUAUUUAAACGCACCCAAUAUGGGCGGUUACGUAAUGGACAAUUUUAUAGAACGAGAGCGCGUCAAGGCACUGAUGGUCUUGUGCAAAGGUUGUCGCCCAAAUCUGUCUUUGGAAUUCGUUCAGCAGGAACUGGCAUUCGAUACUCGGGAAGACUUGACAAAAUUUUUGAAGCAUCAGAGCAUGCAGGAUACCCUGACAGACACAGGCAUGUUGUCGACUAAAGAAGGAUUCCAAAGGCUCAAUGAAAGCAUAAAAAAAUACAAAAAGAUCGAUAUCAAAGGCCAAUUAUAGCGUUGGAAAUUUUUUUCAAUCGAUAUACUGGCUUUCCCCUUUUUUUAUUGCGGAUUCAAGGUUAAUGCAAUCUAUUUAUUCUUUUUUUGGAUUUGAAUGGAUGUUUCCCUAGCAUGUAAAUAAAAAAAUAUUUUAGAGUGGCACAAUCGCCAGUGGAUUAUCGAUAGAAUAAUUGUUCAGAAUAAAAUCAGCCCACAAGAGGGCAUCGACGGUAAAAAUGUGUGCGGGAAAGAUGUCGGGACAUUCUUCCGUCAAGGCAGGAAAUAAGGAUGCAUGCAGUUCUUGCAUUUCCAUUUGCGAUUCUUCAUCAUGAAAUUGUUCACUGCA